UUGACUCUAAAUUAUAAAGUUGACGUUCUAAAGCCUACAGUUCAAACCGAUUUGAUCAGAUUUGUAUAUGCCUAUAUCUUCUCAUUUAAAUGAUAUCGUGAACUGGAUUAUUAUGCAACGAUAAACGAUAUAGUUUGUUAUUUUAGCGUGUGUGAAUGAAUAAAGUAAUCGGAGCGCUCGACCGAACGACGUCGUUGACAGAAUUGAAGACGUAGAAUUGUCCAGUCGGCAAAUUCCGUUAAGCUGCACAAUUAUGGCAUCCAAUGAGCGUUCUCAGAGGAGGAAGAGCAGCAUGGAGGAGCCCCCUUAUUUGUCAGGCGAUGCAGAGUUUAGAGUCCUUCUCUUUGGGAGAAGUGGCCGCAGUCAAUUUUCUCUGGCAAACUCCAUUCUGGGGACAGAUGUGUUCAGCGAUGAGCUCUGCAACAUUACAGAGAGUCAGAGACACAGGAGCGAGGCGUUCGAGAGGAAACUAGCUGUGGUCAACACUCCAAACCUCUCUGAGUACCAGGCAUCCCAGAAAGAGCUGAGAAGAGUGUUCAAGUUGUCUGUGUGUAUGUCCUCUCCUGGUCCCUACGUCGUUCUCUUUGCAUUCGACCUGAACAACAUCUCACCAAGUGCAGUAAGCAUCCUGGAACUCGUCACAAAGCAUUUUGGGGACAGCAUCUUGAACCACAUGAUGGUUGUGGUGUGUCAUGAAGAGGAGAAGGAGGAUUCAGCUCUUGAGGAGAAAGUCAAGACUAACAGAGACUUCAGGGAGCUCAUUGAGAAGUGUGGCCGAAGGUAUCACCUCUUCAAUGAGAGGAAGGCCCGGAGAGAUGAGAAGAUUUCCAGACAGCUCCUUGGGAAGAUGGACGACAUGGUGAGGGAAAACGGAUGCAGAUUCUACUCCAAUCACCAAUACCAGGAAGCAGAGGAGAGAAUCCAGAAAGAGGAGUGUUUCAUGAUGAAAGGGAGAAAGAAAGAGAUGCUGACAAAGAGGAAGGAGCUGGAGAGCAGGUACACAUGUGAAGGUCUUGAGAAGGAGCUGCAGAGCAGGUACACAGGUGAAGGUCUUGAGAAAGAGCUGGAGAGCAGGUACACAGGUGAAGGUCUUGAGAAGGAGCUGCAGAGCAGGUACACAGGUGAAGGUCUUGAGAAAGAGCUGGAGAGCAGGUACACAGGUGAAGGUCUUGAGAAAGAGCUGGAGAGCAGGUACACAGGUGAAGGUCUUGAGAAGGAGCUUCUGCAGUUUGAGACAAGGAUAAGAGUAGAGAACCGAGAGAAGGCUGAGAGGAAGAUCUCAGAGGUACUGGGAUUUACUCUCACAGCAGUUGACUAUGCUGCUGCAGUAGGUAAAGGGGCAGCUCUAGGGGCUUUAUGUGGAGCGGUCGUGGGGUUUGAGGGUAUGGCGGUGGGAGCCGCUGUAGGUGCCGUUGUCGGGGGGUUCAUAGGAGGUGCUGCUAGUGCGGCAUGGGGUUACCUCACAAACACUGCUGCACAAAUGAAUAGGCGUUGAGACAUUGCUGCUUACAUCGAUGAUGCAUUGCCCAGUUUAACAGACUGUGUCAUUUUGAUGCUGUUCCUGCCCAGUUUAUCAGAUUGUGUCAUUUUGAUGCUGUUCCUGCCCAGUUUAUCAGAUUGUGUCAUUUUGAUGCUGUUCCUGCCCAGUUUAACAGACUGUGUCAUUUUGAUGCUGUUCCUGCCCAGUUUAACAGAUUGUGUCAUUUUGAUGCUGUUCCUGCCCAGUUUAACAGAUUGUGUCAUUUUGAUGCUGUUCCUGCCCAGUUUAACAGACUGUGUCAUUUUGAUGCUGUUCCUGCCCAGUUUAACAGAUUGGGUCAUUUUGAUGCUGUUCCUGCCCAGUUUAACAGAUUGGGUCAUUUUGAUGCUGUUCCUGCCCAGUUGAACACCCUGUCAGAUUUGUAGAGGUCUGAGGCCAAUCAGUUCAGUAAUACAUGCUAUUUGUCAGUGAGAAAAUAUUCAGAGAUGUAUGUUUUGUAGAUAUUAGACGCUGUUGAUUUGUUUUUGGGCUGCUGAUCUGGUGAUGGUUUCUAGUCGGUUAUUUUAAACAGAUUAAUUGUUGAAAUACGUAAAUUCAUGAAUAAAGGGAAGAUCCUUUAACGAUGGAAUAUUUAAACACGUUGUAAAUGUACUGUUGUUUUGGUGUCUUUGGAAUUCCCAAUAAAUCUGUGUCCAUUUAAAUAGGAAAUAAAUAUAAAUAUACAUUCUAAAUCCAUUUAUGAAAGUUACAUAGUUAUUUUUUUAUUUUUUAUUACUGCUGUUGUACAUGUCUCUAUUUUGCCUAAUAAAUUCCUUCUUUUA